UUGGAUGAGUUGCCCAAGUCUUUUGUCCUGUAGAGUUUUAUAGGCUACUGGCUACAUUAUUACAAGGCGAUUUAAGGUUAUUUUUACGGACACAUAUAGCUUAUAAGUAUUUAGCAUUUACAUUCUUAUUUGCGAAGGCCUAUGUUUAAUUUUAAAUCUAAAGAUUAGCUUGUACGCCUAUACCGGGGUAGAUUGAUCGGACUUCCUGUUGCACUGCGGUGCUUUGUACGUGCUUUGCCUGCUGUUAGUUUACUAGAUAUCGCGGUGAAUGUCAUGCAACAACACAAGUUAAGUAGGGACCUAGUUAUGAUUGACAGGUAAUUAUAGGCUUAUAGCCUAGAUAAAGAGGACACUAGCUGCUUGGUAACAUGGUAAACCUGUAGGCGAGAUAUCAUCCACAACCAUGGCAAUUGGAGGCCAGACACUCUGAGGUAUGUUGUCUGUCUGCAUUUGUCUAAAAUGAAAAAGGGAGGGAGCAGCACAAAUACCGCACAGCCAGACGCCAUGCAGGGGGAGCCCUCCCCUCUUCCCUGAGUGCUGAAAUGUCCGGACUGGAGCCUGAAUGUGUCAUCAGAUAGUGUCAGACUGCAUCCAGCAGGGGGGAUGAUAAGAGUUUAUAGAAAGUAGCCUUUCAGACACCCUGUGGAAGAUUUUCCUCUAAAAUACUAUUUUGAAUCAGUCAGACAGAUUUGGUCAUUGACCUUCUCAACAGUAGUUUCUCCAGACCAGACUGCCAGGGGUUUUAGCGAGGAGCCAGUAUGGAGUGGUCACUAGAAAGGGUGAGGGAGAUGGUGGCUGGAGGGAUGCAGUCUAUGAGGGACUGUGAGUCCAGUGCCUUUGGCACAGCCAUGUGCCUGCUGCUGCUCUUUGUGUGGUACUGUUACAGGGUAGGUCGUGAGCACAGCUCCUCUCCCCUGCGUGGGGGGUACAGCACUGAGCCUAGUCGAGUAGGAGGGGUUGGGGCCUUGAUCAGCACAGAUGGGGAUGGUAGGGCUAAAGGCAGGCCGGUAUCAGGGGUGGAGGAGCAGAACGGCUUUGCUUACUGCCAGUCCACCGAGUGUUUUCGCUGCACCAACACAGGGGAGGGUCUUAAUCAGAGGCUGUACCACAGCUUGCAGGAUUACGCCAAACGCUACACCUGGUCAGGCAUGGGCAGGGUACACAAAGGGGUACGAGACCAGGGCCGCUACCUCACCAGCCGGCCCACCAUCCAGAGGCCAGAGGUGUUCUUCCUUCCUGACCUGCCCUCAGCACCCUUCUUCUCCCGGGACGCACAGAAACACGACGUGGAGCUGCUGGAGAGGAGCUUCCCUGCUCUGCUGGCUGAGUUUGAGAACAUCUACCACGCCCCCCCAGCGCGGGCUGGCUCCUCCCUGCCUCCAGGCUGGAAGGCCAACAGCACCCCCCAUGGCCAGUGGUGGACCUUCUACCUGGUGAACCAGGGAACUCCGCUGGCCCUGAAUGCCAGGAGGUGCCCCCGGGCCUGGAGGGUGCUGGGCCAGCUGCGCACCUUCAUUGCCAACAACGUGUUUGGAAAUGCCUGCUUCUCUGUGCUGACCCCCGGAGCCCUGAUAACUGAGCAUUACGGCCCAACCAACGUCAGGCUGCGCUGCCACCUGGGUCUUAGAGUGCCCUCUUCCUGUGAGCUGGUAGUUGGAGGGGAGCCGCAGUGCUGGUCUGAGGGGAGCUGUCUGCUGUUUGAUGACUCCUUCCUCCACAGGGCCUUCCAUGAGGGCAGCCCAGAGGACGGCCCCAGGGUGGUCUUCAUGGUGGACCUCUGGCACCCUAAUGUGGCAGCUGCUGAGAGGCAGGCUCUGGACUACAUCUUCACCCCUGGACGCUGAGCAGACGGUGGGGUGGGGUGGGGGGGAGAGGAAGAGAGACAGAGCUAAAGAGAGAAACACAGAGAGGUAAAGAGAGACAGAGAAUGUGUCAGAAUUGAAGAGAGAGUUGGUGAGAAAAGUAGAGAAGAACAGUGUGAGUGAGGUGAGACAUCUUCUUUGUCUCUUGUUCCGUUCCCACACUCACUGUGUACAUAUUCUCUGUUUUGUUCGAAUUGGCUCUCUCCCUGUAACUCUCCCUUAGCACCUACCGACUUUGACCAAACAGACGUAAUGUAAAAUGUUACAUUUGAAUGUUUACAGCCCCAAUCCUUAUAUCUGUGAUUAUUCCUGCCCAUGUGUGAUAGUUUACUGUGCUCUCCUUUAGAAAUCAAUACAGCUUUCACAAAAACAGUUGGAUAAGCACAUGGAAAAUGUUUUUUUAGAGAUCAAAUGAUUUGCUAGAGACUGCCUGUGUUGCUACACAGGAGAAAUGGUUGUAUUUGCAGUAGUGGGGAAAUCACUGAGGAAGCCAGAACAAAAGCCAUAUUACAACCUAUGUGUUGUGAUAACUGCGUUGUUUGCUCUAUAACCUUGCGACUGUGAUAUAUAGGUCUAAAGACCGAGACAAUAAGAAGACAGUGGCAGAAUCAAUUCAACCACCUUUGUUUUAUCACAAAACCCGGAUAGCAACCUCUGUCCGGUUUAGUCCACAAAGCAUAUUGCAUGUAACAGACAUGACCUACAGCAUGGUCAAAUAAGUUAAUGUUUCUGACUAUUCCAGCACCAUUUCAACUUCAACAUUUCAACAUCAUCAAAUCACCUCUGCUUAGUCUAAUUCGCUGAACUAAAAGAUACCAAAAACAAUUUAGUCUAAUCAACGUAAGCUAAACAUGAUGUGGCUGUCCAUGGAUCUAAUUUAUUUGUGCGUGUGCGCAUUUGUUCAAGUAGAAUAAUAUGUUGACUCACCCUACUUGUAGAGAAAUGCCAAUUCCAUCCCCCUCUUUCAUUUUGACGAAACGGUCUAUCAUACAGUACACGGUUUUAUUUUUUGUUGUCCUAGGCUAGCUGUCUAAAAUGCAUGCUGGCCUAACUUCCAUUCAUGGGCAAUGUUAGCUAGAUAACAUUAGCCUUCUACAUCUAGCUACAUGUUGAACUAACAUUCUCAGGCCAGGGUCACAAUGUAUGAAUGAAUGGUCAGAAUGCCGUUAUAAUCAUUGGCCAGUACAGAGAAUUAAGUAAAACAACAAGUCCAAAUCCCUAUCGCCAAUCAUGGCUAAUUUAGGAAACGGAAAACUUUAGCUAGCUAGCUAGUCACUGGAAGACAACGAGAUGCAACAAUUCAACUUGUUUCUAUCAAUGAUGUAUGCUCUCAAUGCGAUUUGAUAGUAGUGACGCCAAAAUCCAAGCUGGCUUCAAUUGACACUUUUUUUUUUUUUGGUGCGCCAAGACAGUUUAGCUCAACGAUGAGCAACUUGUUUUAUUGCAUUUUUUAUCAAGGGAGGCCAAAGGGAGGCCAAAUGCUCUCAGGCAUUCCUUGCUUUCCAUUCAAUGCUAGGGGCGGCAACAAUGUCAUACAUCUAUCUGAUGCUGGCUGUCGUUGGGACCAGACAGAAUCAGAUAGAUGGCAUACAUGUAGAGCGACAGAGGGGGCGCUGUUUCGCUUGUUCGGAUGCUUUCUCCUCUGAGAUAUAUUUAGACUCUUGCGAAUUGAAGGAAAAUUAUGAAACUGAGAGAUGAAUGCUAUAUGAUUUUAUGUUAUUUUCUUGAUACAUUUUUUUGGGGAGCUUGGCCCUCCCUUGACAUCCAUGAAUACACGCCACUGUGUAUUUAGUAAAUUAUCUAAUUAAUGGUUGUAAUAUUGUUGGUUGUAUUUGAUAUCAACUUUGUAUUUAUGUAAAUAGAGUUGGAGUACAAAACAUAUCUGAGAGGUUUUGAAAUAUAAUUGUCUUACAAUCGGUAGGUAUUGUGUGGUCUUAAUUUACUGGUACUGCAUUGUCAUCUUCUCUCCCGAGUAUUUGUCAUUUUGAGACAUUAAUUUUGAGAUAUUUGAAAUGUUUAUCAAGUGGUUUGGCUAUUGUUCAGUAACAUUUUAUACCAUUCUGUGAUUUUUCAGCUGCAUAUCAAAUGUUUGGUGAUAUUCUUCCCCAAUAGUCAUAUUUGUGGCAUUUGUAUUCAUUUUGAACAGUAUUUAAUAAAUGGCAAAUUAUCUGAAUCAGACAA